GUCAAAGUGACAUAGAUAUCCCAAAACAUUGUCAGCUGAUAUUUUAUUUUGUUAAUCACGUAAUAAUGUAAAUAAAAACUUGCAUCGAAAUAUUAGACUAAUACGAGAGAAGCCACAAUAACACAAAAUAUAAAAUGUUUGCGUUUCGACAAUUGGCAUUUUUACGUUCAAAGUACAUAAACUGCAGCACGCUACGAUUUAAUUCAAGUUACACACCUCGACGGGCGCUCUUGUAUGUUCCUGGGGACGAUGUGAGAAAAAUCUCAAAAAUUAAGGAGUUUGACGUAGACUGUAUAGUACUCGAUUGUGAGGAUGGCGUUGCACUGAGUAAAAAAUCCCAGGCCCGUGAAGAGAUCAGCGCAUUUUUGAGCAGUGGUUUCGGUAAUGGUAAAUCAGAAAUUGCCGUUCGACUCAAUUCCAUUGAAAGUGGUAUGUUUGAAGAAGAUCUUAGCAACGUUGUUUGCCACAAAUAUCCAAGCACAAUUGUUCUGCCCAAACUGAGCUCACCUGCUGAAGCUAAAUUUGUAAGUUUUGCAGAAAGUCUACAAAAGCGUGUACCCCGAGAAAAACUGAAAGCGCCGAUCAAUUUGAUUUUCAUAUCGGAAAGUUGUCAGUCUAUAAUCAGAUUGCCGGAAAUAUGUGAGUCUCUUGUCGAACUUUCGAGAAAAACUGGAGUAUUCGAACCAGUUGCCAUAAUUUUUGGAAGUGAUGACUUGUGUGCAAGUCUAGGAGCUACGAGGACAAAGAGCUCCAACGAAAUCUUAUAUGCCCGUCAAAGAAUGGUACUUGUAGCUAAGGCGUACGGGCUCCAAGCAAUUGACAUGGUUCACAUUGACUACAAAGAUCUGGAAGGACUAAAAAUAUCCAGUGAAGAGGGAGCUCGCUUUGGAUACACCGGUAAACAAAUUAUUCAUCCCUCUCAAAUCGACAUCGUUCAGAAAUGCUUUAUACCAUCCGAGGACAAAGUAGCAUGGGCCACACAGUUAUUGGAGGAAUUUGCAAUGUUUCAGUCUGAAGGAAAGGGUGCAUUUGUGUUCAGAAAUCAAAUGAUUGAUAUGCCAACCGUUAAGCAAGCGAAAAACAUUCUUGAUGUGAUAAGGAAAAUCGAAUCGAUCGAAAAUAAGUCUUCAAAUAAAUGAGUUGGUUGAAUUAUAUGUUAAAAAUAAAUUACAGAAAAUUAUUGUAUUUAUUACAAAAAAA